AUGUCUUGUUGGAAGAUAGCACGUUCCUUUUCGUUGCGAAUUGGUCGUAAACAGCUGAUUUCUUUAUUCAGAGGUAGAUUGGCGAUCAAAAGGAGGUUAAGUUACGUGGUUCUUGGCGAGGGGGAGAGUAAUGGUGUGCCAGUUAAAGCAUGGGUGAAAGGUGUUCCUGUGGAAAAGGAUGCUGCUGACCAGCUUUGCUCUCUGGCCAAAUUGCCAAUAAUCCACUCACAUGUUGCAGCUAUGCCUGACAUGCAUCUUGGGAAGGGAGCAUGUGUGGGCUGUGUGGUGGCUACUGUUGAUGCAAUCAUUCCAGCGGCAGUAGGAGUGGACAUUGGAUGUGGAAUGAUGGCAGUAAGGACAACAAUAACUGCAGAACAGCUGCCAGAUUCACUGAAGAACCUUAGGAGGGCUAUUGAGCAGGCUGUACCACAUGGACGAACCCAUCAGGGUGGUAAAGGUGACCUAGGCGCCUGGAAGGCCAGAGAAAUUCCUGACUAUGUGAUGAAUGAGUGGAAUAAACUAAAAAAAGAGUAUGAAUUCAUCUGCAGUCGCCAGCCAUUGGCCAAGGCACAGAACACUGUCAAUCAUCUGGGGACUCUAGGAACAGGAAAUCACUUUAUUGAGAUGUGUCUUGACGAGGAAAACAGGGUGUGGUUUAUGCUGCAUUCAGGGUCACGAGGCCCAGGCAACAGGAUCGGCACAGUUUUUAUUGAACUCGCCAAGAAAGACAUGAUGAAACUGGACAAGCAAAUCAAGGUUGAUAGAGAUCUCGCUUACCUCAGAGAGGGAACGAAAAACUUCGACGACUACGUAUUUGCCGUUAAUUGGGCACAAAAAUUUGCUCGGCUGAAUCGUAAUUUAAUGAUGACCAAUGUGCUCAAGGCAGCACAGUCUUGUAACGAUAUGCCGGCCUUCAAUGUGGAUCCGUCCAGCAAGGCUGUCAACUGUCAUCACAAUUACGUCAAGGUGGAGACACACUUUGGAAGAGAAGUGUUUCUCACAAGAAAGGGCGCGGUUUCCGCUCGUCAGGGUGAGUUAGGCAUUAUACCAGGGUCCAUGGGCGCGCGGUCGUUCAUUGUCAGAGGCAAGGGAAAUCCUGAGGCUUUUCACAGCUGUAGCCACGGUGCCGGCCGUGUCAUGUCACGAGCUAAAGCCAAGAAAAUGUUCACAAUUGACGAUCACGUGCAGGCGACACGAGACGUGGAGUGUCGUAAGGAUGCUGACGUGAUUGACGAAACACCAAUGGCUUACAAGGACAUCGAUGACGUCAUGGCAGCACAGAGUGACUUGGUGGAUGUAGUUCACACGCUGAAGCAAGUGGUUUGUGUGAAGGGAUGAUGAACGCUGUGAUACAGUAUGAGCUGUCGGGCACUUUGCACUACUACACUACACGUGACUUGCUGCGGUAGCCUCCUGCGUUAUGCUUCGUAGGUUGUCACGCAAUGUUUCCGUUUGAAAGGAAUGCACGAAGAAAGUCUGGAAAGGUGCUGGUCUAAGCCUGUAUUUUACACGUCAUGUAAUUCUAGUGGUUUGUCAACGUUUUAAAUGCAGGCCUCAGAAAAUUUCGUGCGAAGGUUACUAGUAUAUGGUAGGAACGGGACAGAACAUACGCUUUGGAACAUUCACUCAUUGAGAAAGGAAGCUAGUCGGAAAAUUCUGAUGCUAAGCAUUUUAAUAUCAAGUGUAUGCAACGCCAAGUUUAACGCUCGCUUUAGUUAGAGGACGAAUACAACUAUCAAGUGAAUUCCUAGGCUAUCGGAAUUGAAUAACAAUUUUGCGACAGGCCGUCCUAUUGGUGAAUAAAUUUUGGUCAAGUCUGUAAA